CUCCAAGGGGGCAUCAGACAGACCUCAGCCUCUGAACUGUGACUGGCCCAGAGAGGUCGACCCUCCCAGGCUCCAGCUGGCCCUUGCUCCUGUGGGUGACCCUUGGGCCCCUGACCUGUGGGCCCCCAGUCUGGGCUGAGGAAUGGUGUGCUGAGAUCCCUGUGGAACUGAUCGUCUCAGUCUGGAGCUGGAGCAACCUAAGGCCCAAGCCAACAUGGCCACCCCUGCACAGCCUCAGUUUCUCCCAGCCCGGGAGCCAGGUACUGCCUCACCCACCAACCUGCCGGAGAUGGAGACGCUCCUCACUAAGGUGGAAGGCAAGGAUGACAAGCCACUGAAGCUGUCCAAGUCCCUCUCGGGGGCCCUGGACCUGGAGCAGAAUGGCCAUGGCCUGCCCUUCAAGGUGGUAUCCGAGGGGCACCAGGAAGCCGCAAUCCCCUGGUCGCCCUCUCGGGCCAGCUCUAGGCGGGCAUCCUCUGUUGUCACCGCCUCCUCUGCCCAGGACCAAGAAGUCCCCAAAGAUUACCUCAUCCUUGCCAUCACCUCCUGCUUCUGCCCCGUCUGGCCCCUCAACCUCAUUCCCCUCAUCUUUUCUAUCAUGUCCCGAAGUAGUGUGCAACAGGGGGACCUAGACGGGGCCCGGAGGCUGGGCCGCCUGGCCCGGCUGCUCAGCAUCACCUUCAUCAUCAUGGGGAUCAUCAUCAUCAUUGUGGCCGUGACCGUCAAUUUCACAGUUCAGAAGAUAUAGAAUUAACCAGGGCGCUGUGCUAGCAGAAUGGCCCCCUGACCGGCUAGAGGCCUCCAUGCACUGCCACCCACCGCAAGCGGGCAGGACCGCGGCUGCCAAGCGCCCACUCUUCCCUGAGUUCCCAAAGCACGAACUUGGAGGCAAGGCCCCAAGCCCCCCACUGUCAGCCCAUAUCAGAUGUGAAAAGUAAGAAGAAGAAAGGAAAUUAAAUUUUCUAUGAAACUGAA